CCUUCUCCAUUUGACCCGGCCUGGCUCCGUCCGUUUCUAUUUGACCCGGGCCGGCUGUAUCGGUUCCGUUUCACAAGUCAAUUUAAGGUUUCAGCAGUCAGAAUUCUAGAAUAUUUACUUCUACGACCUAGCUGAAAUCUAACGCCUCUUUCUUCGUCGAUUAACCCUAAUUUCUUCGAUACACCGUAGAACCCAAAUCAAAUUAGACUAUCACUAGUAAUCACUUAUGUUUUCGUCGAUCGAUCGAGGAUUUGUUUGAUUUUCUAUUGCGUCUCUGAAUUUCCUUCAAUUCGAUAUCUGAUUUUCAAUUUAGGGUUUUGUACCAAUUUAUAAUGUUCAUAAUCUCCCUUUUCUCUACUGGUACGGCUUCUUCAAUCAUUCUCGUUAACAAUCUCCGUGUUUUUGGUCCUGGUUUGAAUCCUUUCGCUCCCUACAAUAUGACCAAUUACUUUACUUUUUCUCGCUAAUUUCAACCUCCUCGUGUUUUCGCAUACUUUUAAUUCGUGAGUUAUUCAUCAGAAAUUUGCUUAAUUUGAGCAAUUCAUCUGAAAAAUCAUGUAAUACAGUUGCUAUUCUUGAUUUUAUCAAUUUCGACCUUAGGGUUUCACUUUGUUGAUUGAUUAUAAAGAAUUUGAGUUAUUUGGAGAAAAAGAUUGGUUUGGGUCUUAUUAAUUGGUGUAGUCUGUAUUAAUCAUGCUGCUUACACCUCAAGAAGACGAUUUGGGGGUUUCUAGGCGAAGAUUGUCGAGGAGACGAUUACUUCGGUCUGGGUUUGACACGGAUGAUAGGGGCUGGACUCCGCUCCACAUCGGUGCUCGUAAGGGCGAUGUUAAGGAGGUCAAACGAUUGCUCAAUGAUGGGAUGGAUGCAAAUGUGGCUGCUUGGGGUACCAAGUUACAGGGCGUCACUCCUCUACACCUUGCUGCUGAAGGAGGCCAUCUCAAAGUGAUGGAUAUACUGCUUGAACGGGGUGCCAAUAUUGAUGCUAGAACCAAGGGUCCAUUUCGCUGGACUCCCCUUCAUUUGGCUGCAAAAGAAAGGAAUAGGAAAGCAGUUAGGUUUCUGGUUGAAAAUGGUCCUUUUCUGCCCCCUGAUAUCAAUGACAGCAGAUUCAACCCACCAGUUCAUUAUUGCUCUGGCCUCGAAUGGGCCUAUGAUGAGCUCAAGCGUUUACAGGACAGUUCAUCAUCAUCCAGUGAGACGUCACCUUAUAGCUCUGAAAAUUAAUGCUGUCUCCCGGUUUUCACCCACGUCAUCUGUGUUUAAACUUUUUAGCGUUCGGUUGUCGUUGUGCCAAAUAAUAUGUCGAUGAUGGAUAUGACUUAAGAUGCACUCACUUUCCCGGUGUGGCAUGUGUGCAAUUUACAGCCAAACUCACUUUUCCUUGUGUGUUGUGAUGGAGAUCAGAGCUUUGUGUUUCUCAAGUAUGAUAAGAAACGAAACCUCUUUAUUGUGUGAUUUCUUGUGUCAUUUAUGUUUUGCAUUUAAUGUUAAUUAAUUUGUAAUAUCCGAAUCAUCAUAUAAUCCAGCUAUAUGAUGUUGCUAUAUUUUCACUACUAUAUUUUUUUAUAAAAUUUUUUUUUUUCAUUUGA